UAACUACUUCCGCUAAAACUUGCAAUGCGCGAUGCAGGACAACGGACAGCAAAUUUAAAGAUUUUACAUGUUGAUUACACAGAAUAUAAAGACAAACAAGUGAUAAAGAAUUUUAUGGUGAUAGCUUCUGGAGAAGUGACUGCCUUCUUCGGACAGUCAAUGUUUUUCGUACAAAUUUGACUAUGAUUUAAAGUAUCUGAAAUUGAUUAAAUCAACAUGACUUCAGAUUCAUGCUAACAAUAUCAAAGCACUUUACUAUGAAAUAAAGGCAUUUAGAAUUCUGUUGAAUAUGUCAAAAACUAUCAAAGAAAUCAUUUUUGAGGAAUUCCUGACAUGCAGUAUUUGUAUGGACGAAUUUCAAGAUCCAAAGGUACUAAAAUGUCUUCAUACUUUCUGUGAAGAAUGUAUACAGGCCACAAUACAAAAGCAAAUUAUGACGUCACAUUCGGAUAUUUCGUGUCCUAUAUGCCGGACUAGAAUUGACGUUGAUUCAAAUGGUGACUAUAACCUUCAAACUAAUUUUCCAAUAAAGAAUUUACUGGAAAUUAUAAAAGGUUUACCGGCAAAUGAAGUAUUUGCAGGAUUAUACAAAGCACAAAUUGGAUAUAAUCUCAGUAUGGCUCAUAUUUUCGCCAUUUCGGAGACGAAUCAGUGUGUGUACCUUAAAGCUAGUGUCGAUGAUCUUCGCUUUGCUGUCAUUGAAUUACGUCGCCAGAUAGAGCAGUACAAAACUGAUUUGGAAAUAGAAAGAACCAUCACGGCUAAACUGUCCGCACAAAUGGUAACAAAGGACAACACGAUAGUCCAUUUAGAAAGAGCUGUUGAUGAUUUAACUUUAAAGGCGCAAAAGGAAGACCCCGAGAAAACUGUGCAUGAUUUGGCGAAGUCAUCAUGUGUUGUUCAAAUAGUACAUAGAUGCGCAACAUGUAUUGAAGGUUUUUGCAGAUGUUUUUCCAGAUUACUUCAGACAAGUUUCGGCUGGCUGAAAAGAGGAAGAAAUACGAAAGGAAUAAAAGGCACUUAGCUAUGUGGAUAGUUUUAUGGUAGACACGGACACGACAUGCUCUCAAGCAAAAAUAUUUUUUAUACAUUUUUAUAGCCUUUCAGUCUACAAACUGACAUUCAUACUGGAUAUAACAUCUGAGGAAAUGUCUUCUACAUGUAGAUGACCUCACCUACAUACAUGUCUAUAUGGAAUCUUUUGAAAUCUACAAAACCACUGUCCGGUUAGCUCAAUACGUAGAGCGUUGGUAUGUGAAUCGGACGGCCCGUUUUGUUUACCGAACGGCGCAGGUCACUUUCGUUGUGAUUAAUCAUUAAAUCUUUUAUUAUGUCUAAUAUGACAGUUAUAGACAGAUAUAUGCUGAAAAGGCCUGCAAUGUCAAGGAAAACAAAUUUUAAAUACAGAUAUGUCAUAGUUUUUUGUCCACCCAGCCUGAUAUGAUAAGGACCGUAGCAAAAACCUGUUUUAAUAUUUUAAAGCAUAGAAUCAACCAGUUGUACAAUAAAUAUAAUGGUUAGUUUAAAACUGAAUGAACAUUUUAAUCCAAAAUUAUAGUUAUAACAUACUUCUCUAUUAUUAUGUAAUUGUUUAUCUAGCUUUUUAUAGACUUUUAGACAAUUUUUAUAAGAUUGUUCAUGAUAACUCAUCACUUUAUGUGUGCUUUGAUAACCACUACUAACCAGACACAAAUAUGCAGCUGUUACUUAAAUAUAUUUACACACUGUAUCAGUGUAUGUAAAGUAUAUGUACGUAUUCUGGAUAGGACAGAAAUAAAGAGAGAGAGAGAGAGAGGGGGAGAGAGAGGGAGAGAGAGAGAGGGAGAGAGAUUUUAGUACUUUCUUAGUAUUAGAUUAUUUUUCAAACAAUAUAUUUUGCUUGUAAAAUGUUAAAAAUAAGGGUGGUAAAUCUAUAGUUCAUACACUUUGUCAAUGUAUCCUGUAGAGUUAUCCCUCCUACAGCAAAGAAUAAAUAAAAACACUUGUAAUACUUUUAAAGAAUGGCUUUGUAUUAUUUUAUGCUCUUUUUUGUGAGCGCGCACUUGUCAGUUCUCAUAAUCUUUA